CGAGGGAAUAAGGAAGUGGAGGGGAGCAGACGAGCGAGAAAGACAAGAAGAGGAAGAGCGAUCUAGUGGGCAGCAGCACAACAGAGAUACAGAGAGACAUAGCAAGCGUUAGAGACAGAUAGGAACGUAGACGUACCUGCUCGGAGCACGAAAGGUACAGGUUGGGAGCUUUGCAGAGGACGGAAAUACACUCUGCGAUUGCUGAGGAAUAGCGGUUAUCUGAUACCCACGAAUUAGUCCAACUACAUUGAACAUGAAGAAAUCUUUCCUUCUCACAAUGGCCCUUGCACCUUGGAUUGGAUGUGUUGCCUUCUCGCCGCAGCUACCAUCCUUAGCCCGUCGAAGGACGAUGCAGGGAGCAGGACGGGGGAGGGACCAUUUGAACUUGGUGUCGCAAGUCGCAACAAAGGGGAAAGUCACAAAGAAUGCCUACAACAUCUGGCAACAUUCCUUCGGCUUUGAUAGGGAGGAGCUCAAGGAUGUCGUUCGGCCGAACCCGGUCCAGCAAGGGAUCGACAGUGUGCUGCGGGGAAUGAAUGCCGGGCAUGGAGUUCGUUUCCGCGUACACAGGGCCAUCGGCCAUGAAAUCCGCAGAAGGGCGCACAUUGGGCAUGCGUCAUUGUUCUCUCCCCCUGUCUUGCAGUCUGUGGUCAACCAGAUCCACGAGGCAGCGCUCAAGGCGUUGAGCUCGCCGUCGGAGAAGAGCGACCUUGAAUUCUCCUACGCGGAGAUUGCUCUGGUCAGGGAUGAGGUCGAGAACUGUUGCUGCGAGGGCCAGAAGACCAUGGCGCAGCUUGCCCAGCUCCUGGCUCACCGGCUGAGCCUUGGCAAGUACGAAUGCAGGAGUACCGUGACAGCAUCUGCGGGCCACGGGCUUCAGUUCAAGCUGACCGAGACUGUGCCGACGCCUGUGGUGAUCGACGAGCAUGACGGGCUUGCUCUUGCUCAGCGCCAGAUCGACGGUCUAGCGGUGCAGUCGAAAGGAGCAUGGAAGUCAGUGGAGCUAGUGGAUCACUCAGUGGAGUUCGAUGCCACGGAGAGCAACACAGCGGGUCUGCAUCGGGUCAUGAUGCAUGCGAAGCCGAGCAAGGACUUGUGGCGACUCGUGGCCGACAGCCUGUUCGAAAUCGACGACCCUGACGCCGAGCCGCUGGUGGAGGAUCACAACAUGUACCACAUCAAGCUUCUGGUCGAGACCCCCGAGCUUGUCGAGCAGCUGCAUCGCUCCCUCCGCACGAUUAUCUUCCAGGACUCGGAGCUCCGCGACCUGUCGCUUCCUGUCGCAGACUCCACGAGGCAGCUGGAGCUGAUCUCUCAGGUGGACUCGCAUCACAUCUCUGCUGUGAUGUGGAAGGAGACGGGAAUCGCGAUCCAGGUGCAGAGCCUGGACGAGUUCUACAGGGAGACGGAGCUGACGACCAUGGCGAACCGGGCGAAGAGGAGGGCGAAGCGGGAGGAGGCGUACCGCAGGCUGGAGAAGAAGACUCCCAUCUACCGCUUCUCUCGCAGCAUCUUGCAGUGGAUGCUUGCUUCGAGGACGUUGUCAUCUCCGCCAUCGUGCGAUUCCAUCUCAGUGAGUCUGCACCCUUGAAAGCAGCAGACUUGUACACUACUUGCUAGAUUAGAGUUACUUGAAUCAAUGAAACAUGAUCAAAUCUC